GAAUUUUCAAACUUGUAGCAAAUACAAAAAAAAAUCCAUUAACAAACAAAGCGCUGGAUGAAAAUUUUAUUUUACGCGAUUUUAAACACAUUUUUACUGAUUUUUUUAAUAAUAUCAAAUGCCAGCAGAGCAAACGAAUAUAAAAGUGGUUGUGCGCGUUCGGCCUUACAACCGAAGGGAGCUGGAACAGAAUCAGCGACAAAUCGUCAAGGUACUGGAUAAUAACACGCUGCUCUUUGAUCCCGAUGAAGAAGAUGAUGAAUUCUUUUUCCAAGGAACAAAACAAAACUAUCGCGAUAUUACAAAACGAGUGAACAAGAAGAUUAGUAUGGAUUUUGAUCGAGUAUUCGACCCAGAAGCAAAAAAUCAGGAAAUUUUUGAGGAAUGCACUUCACCUUUAGUUGCUUCAGUUCUGAACGGGUACAAUUGUUCCGUGUUUGUUUAUGGUGCUACUGGAGCAGGGAAAACCUUUACUAUGCUCGGCAAUGAAAAUUGCCCGGGACUAACGUUUCUAACUAUGCGUGAAUUAUUUGAAAAAAUACAAGCUCAAAGUUCUACGCAUAAAUUUGAUGUGGGUGUAAGUUAUUUAGAAGUGUACAAUGAAUUGGUAAUGAACCUUUUGACAAAAACGGGGCCAUUAAAACUUCGAGAGGACUCGAAUGGAGUGGUUGUUAGUGGAUUAGUUUUGAAGCCCAUAUAUAGCGCUGAUGAUCUGUUACAGCUGCUGGCACAAGGAAACUCCAAUCGCACUCAACAUCCAACGGAUGCAAAUGCCGAGAGCUCACGUUCACAUGCCAUAUUUCAAGUUCACAUUCGUAUGACAGACCGCAAAACAGGAACGAAGCGAACAGUUAAAUUAUCUAUGAUUGAUUUAGCGGGAAGUGAACGUGCUGCCAGUACAAAAGGUGUUGGGGUGCGUUUCAAGGAAGGCGCAAGUAUAAAUAAAAGCUUAUUGGCAUUGGGAAAUUGUAUCAAUAAGUUGGCAGAUGGAAUGAAGCACAUUCCUUAUCGUGAUUCGAACUUGACGCGUAUUCUGAAAGAUUCUCUAGGAGGUAAUUGUCAGACCCUAAUGGUAGCUAAUGUCUCGAUGAGUUCGUUGACAUAUGAAGACACAUAUAACACACUAAAAUAUGCAAGUCGAGCUAAGAAGAUUCGUACGACUUUGAAGCAGAAUGUUCUUAAAUCAAAUAUGCCGAAAGAUUUCUAUAUUAAAAAGGUUACGGAACUUACGACAGAAAAUGAACGUUUUAAAACUAAGGUAGCUCAACUUGAAAAGGCUUUAGACGCGACCCGAUCAUACAAUGAAAGCGAGUUAAAAGCCUGGUACAGCAAGAUUGAUGCGGUAUAUUCGUCCGUCAUUAAGACACAAGAGUACGUUAUAGGUAAUCAGAGCAAAAUAAAGAGCCUAAAUUUUCGUGAAAAAUUGAAGAAAGAAAAUGUAGCUUAUAAUAAACUACUUGAGCGAAACUCGGCAAUAUCACUGGAGAUGCUUCCUGCUUCCACCUCUAAUUAUAAUAAACAAAUCUGCAAACUUGAGGAGGAAUCUACGCGUUGGCGUAGAAAGCUGCAUGACGCAAAUAAGGACUUGGAGAAGUUAAAAAAAGAAAUCAAAGAAUCUAAAUACGUCGAAAUUUUAAAGAUAUACCAAAAAGGAAAAGAUUUAGAAGUUCGUUACUCGAAACAAGAUAUUAAUAUCAAUCACAUUUCGGGCAUAAAUGCAGAGUUCAUGCGUGAUUCAGAUAAACUACGGAAAGCCUUUGGAAUGGCAUGCGAAUUACUACAAAAAACCAAUGCGGAUAUCAACACUGAUAUCCAAAAUAAAUACGAGCAGUUGCAGCAAUUCAUAAAGAGUCACGCAUACUUUGGUCAUGAUGACUAUAAAAAAGAUAGUGAUGAAGAUUUGGAAGCACCAUCACUGCAAAGUAAUGGGAAACGUUCAUAUAAAACCAGUGCAAGCAUUGUGAAGAAGUACCGUAGGAAAUGUCCAAAAUUGGAAAAUGACUUUGAAUUAGGCUUAGAUAUUAUGGAGGACACCGAUUCGGAUGAUGGCAUUAGUAUUUUCAAAAAACCCCCACUCAUACGCACAGAUAUGAAUGAGACACAUGUCUUGACAUGUGCCACGGAUGAUGAGUAUAGUACGAGUACGGAUGUUAGUGCCAAAAAACCUUCCUCGGAAAGUAAAGAAAACUUAUUGCGAAAAAGGAAUUUGAUUGGCAAUAUAUUGUCAGAGCAAAUUGCAAGAGUCCCAGUAAAUAAGGAACGAGUGAAGAAUGCUUUAAUGAAAUCAAAGACAUUUAAUCACCACGGGCUGUUGAAAACUGUAGCUGUUGGUGUUCAAAAGGAAAACAAGAAAUUUAGUCCAGUGCGAGUACGCAAAAGUCCGAGAAGUAUUAUGGUCAAAUCACUCGCAACAACGGCUAACAAACGCCAAGCAGUGCGCACAGUAAAUACCAAUGGCAAUGAUCAACAACAUCAAAUCGUUCGAAUAAAUCGUGCUGCCUCCUUUCGAGUAAAGAAAUAAUUUUAUAUCGAAUGAAAUUAUUUUUCAGUCAAAAUUCGAAGUGUUUGCUAAUUUAAUGUGCAUAUGUAGUUCGUUCAGUUAUAUAGUACACAAUCAUUUACAAAAAUAUAUAUUAUAAUUCAAAUACAUGUAUUUAUACAUACCUAUACCUAUAUAUUUAAGACUUGCAUAUAAUUUUAAUGUUAAAACUCCUAAACAGAAAAAAAGAAGCAGUGUUGAAGUUGUGGGUUUUAAAACUAAAAACAUGUCUGAAUAUAGCGUACAAUUUAUACAAAGGUAAUGUUUGCCUUCUUUUGGUUGCAUCUACAA